AUGGCGGCGCCCACUGCUGCAGGCGACGUGGAAGUGGGGCUGGAGUCGGUGUUUCCGCGGGAGCUCGGGCUGUUUGGUGACGCCUUUCCGGCGGAGACCCGUUACCGGCUGUGCGGGCACGACCUGAGCAUUGCCCAGUAUCACGGGGCGCGGCUGGGGGUGGCAGCCCCCGUUUGGGAGGCGGCUCUAACUCUCUGUGAAUAUUUUGAGACACAGAAGAUGAACUUUAGAGGAAAGAAGGUUAUAGAGUUGGGUGCUGGUACAGGCAUUGUGGGCAUACUUGCUUCACUUCUUGGAGGUGAAGUGACCAUCACAGAUCUUCCUGUGGCAUUGAAGCAGAUAGAGGAGAAUGUCCACCGGAACCUGCCCAUGAAGUGUAUGGCUCGAACCAGAGUGUGUGCUUUAUCAUGGGGUCUGGACCAGAAGGAUUUUCCUGCAAAUUUUGACUUUAUCUUGGGUGCAGAUAUCGUCUAUCUCAAGGACACUUUCCCCUCGUUGAUCAGAACACUCCAGCACCUGUGUGGGUCCCAGUCAACUAUCUAUCUGUCUUCAAAAAUGAGACAGGAACAUAGUACAGAAUUGUUCUUUGAGACUUUGCUCCCUAAGCACUUCGUUUCACAACUGGCCUUUAGGGAUGAGGUUGAGAAUAUUAACAUCUACAAAGUGACCACCAAAAACAAUGUCAGACAAUGAGUGUCCCUAAUUGCCACAAUCCAUGUGACAUAUGCUGCCUUGACUGUGAGUUAUUGUUCCAGAAGCCUUAGUGGGUUGAUCUGCCAGCCCAUUCCAGUUGUUUUCCAGGAUUCUUUGCCUUCUAGUGGAUAUUUCCAGUAAUGUCUCUUUCAUUUGAUGAAUACACUAUACAAGUCCUCAGUCAUCGUAUGAGAGAGAUCACAUUCCAGAAAGAGCAGUGCUGUCCAACGUGAAGUGUCCAGUCAUCUCUCUGGGCAGGCCAAGUAACUGUCAUUCCCAUUACCCUGGAUUCCUCAGUCAUUCUGUAGGCUUCAUGCUUUAAACUCUACUGGGAAAACAGCAGGAUACAUCUGCAGUUGUGUUGCUUAUGUGCACACAGGUGCUUAAUGCUGUGGCUAGCAGGAAUUGUUCACUUUGUUUCUCUCAUGGAAAGAUUUGGAAGUGUAUACCAGAAACAGCAAUGGGAGAAGGGAAGCAUGUCAGCACAUACUUCCAUUGCUAAUGUGCAUGGUUCACUGGCUUUCCUGUGCCUCUGCCGAAUUUGCAAAGACAGCUAUGUCAUCUCUAAUGCUCAGGCAAAGAACAUUCAGUGGUACCAGAGGCAGGAGAAGCAAAGCAUUACCUAAGUGCUCUAAAAGACACCAUGAUGCCUUUUCUCAUUUUGAGAGAUGCUCUUUCAUAAGAACUUUGUAUCUUCAUAAAGAUAGGGCUGGGCAUUAACUUGUGUGUGCCUAUGCUCCAUGUAUUUCUAUUUCACAAUAAUGUACAAUCCCAUUCUUAACGUGUAGGUGCCCAAGUUUCAAUUCAAUAGGUACAUAAGGAAGCUGUGCCUGUAAACGCUGAGGGUGAAGUUUCAUUCAACAUAUUAAUUACAAAAUUUGUUGUAAAUAA